UUCCUCGGGAGAAGAGAGAGAGGGAGAGAGAGAGAGGAGAAAGAGAGAGGGGGAAGAGAAAAAAAAAACUUUAUUUAUUAAAAAAGUGAAGAGCUUAAAAAAUGAGCAGUCAGCUGGAGGACGAGGUGCGCGAGCGCGGCGACUGUAAGAGUAAGUCUCCCCCCGUGCUCUCCUCCUACUGCAUCGACAGCAUACUCGGCAGAAGGAGCCCGUGCAAAGUGAGACUGCUGGGCGCGCAGAGUUUCCCCAGAGCGACCGAGCACGAGCACGCCGCGGACGUGUGCGCUAAAGAGAACUCCGACGUGCAUCUGCCCCCCAAACUGCGGCGCCUCUACGGCCCCGGGGGCAAAUACGUGGAGCCAGGCCGGGGCUUCCUCGAGCCCAGCGAGAAGGGCGAGCGCGAGCGGCUGCUGGAGCAAAGCUGCGAGGGCAUGAAGAUCAGCCACGCGCCGCCGGUCAGCAUCAGCCGCAGUAAGUCGUACCGGGAGCACGCGCUCUCGUUCGGGCCCGCGGAGGAGGCGCACGAGCUGGGCGAGCUGAGCGCGCUCAAGUUCGAGGAAGAGGAAGAGGAAGAGAGCGCGAGGGAGGAGGCGGCCGGGGCGGCUGCAGCGGCGGUGGCGGCGGUCAACGCGGAGUCCGGCCUGCUGCCCUCGCCAAAGGACGAGGAGAGCAGCCACGGAGACGGAGACGCCAAAGACGGCGAGGACAGCGCGUGCCUGUCCGCCGGGAGCGACUCGGAGGAGGGCGUGCUGAAGCGCAAGCAGAGGAGAUACAGGACCACCUUCACGAGCUACCAGCUCGAGGAGCUCGAGAGGGCCUUCCAGAAGACCCACUACCCGGACGUGUUCACCAGAGAGGAGCUCGCGAUGCGGCUGGACCUGACAGAAGCGCGCGUGCAGGUGUGGUUCCAGAACCGCAGGGCGAAAUGGAGGAAGCGGGAGAAGGCAGGAGUUCAGACUCACCCUCCGGGUCUACCGUUCCCCGGACCCCUGGCCGCCGCGCACCCCCUUAGCCACUAUCUAGAGGGAGGCCCGUUCCCACCGCACCCUCACCCCGCCCUGGAGUCAGCCUGGACGGCGGCAGCUGCUGCGGCCGCAGCUUUUCCAGGCCUGGCGCCUCCGCACAACAGUUCUGCCCUCCCUCCAGCUACGCCCCUGGGCUUGGGUACUUUCCUGGGCACUGCCAUGUUCAGACAUCCAGCCUUCAUCGGGCCCACUUUUGGCAGACUCUUCUCCAGCAUGGGCCCCUUGACCAGUGCUUCCACGGCUGCUGCUCUCUUGCGCCAAACCGCUCCCACGGUGGAAGGUCCAGUGCAGCCCCCAGCAGGCCUGCCAGACCCUUCCUCCUCUUCAUCCUCCAAUUCCUCCUCCUCCCCUUCCACGGCCGCCGACCGCCGGGCCUCCAGCAUCGCUGCCCUUCGUCUCAAAGCGAAAGAACACUCGGCUCAGCUGACCCAGCUGAACAUCCUGCCCGCCAGUGCCACGGGGAAGGAGGUGUGCUGAAGCCUCCACUCCCGAAUCACGAAGCCCUUACCGAAAAAGCACGACCAAAUCCAUGCAGCAAGUGGCACCCUGGCCAGCUGCCCCAGCGCUGGAGUCGCGACGUUGAGCUGUCACAGCAGUGCCCCCUUCCUCCACUGGACAUCCUCUCUUGGUCUCCAUCCACCUGGCAUGCUCAUAAAACCACGAACUCCAUAGUCUGCAAUGUAGCUACACUGCCAAAGGGCAUGCCAGUGAGAUUGUACUCUAGCAAAUCUACCCAAGUCUGCUUUCACGUUCUCCAGCCAGAAAGAAGCCCUGGUGAAGCGAUCACACGAAAUUUCUACAACAAUUUCUACAAGACAUUCAGAGCACAUCAGCUCUUCCUGACCUGGUUCCAGUGUUGCACCAGAGGAGAGGUCAAUAUGCCAAAGGGAACUGCCAUAAACCUGCCGACUCCCACUGUUACCGACCCCCACCCCUCUCAAUUCCACCCAUCCUGUCUGAAGAUCACUCCUUGGUGUUCACUUCCAGUUCCUUCACCCCUUCUGUUGAUUAUGCUGUUUAGGGGAAAAUUAACAAACAGGUUCUUUUGUUUCUUCAAAAGACUGACAGUGAAGAGUUCAGAAUGGAACCAUAGCUUGUUCGCUGAUCUGUUAAGAGUAGCCUAUUUGUAUAUAUAUAUAGCACUGUAAAAAUGAAGAUGUGGGGUGAGGGAGGGGAAAAAAACCUUCUGAAAAGCUGUGUACAUUUGACAACGUUUUGAAAAGAUUCUCUUGAUGUAGUAUUGUAUGAAUGUUUUCAAGUAGAACUCAACCUACGUUGAUUUUAUGAAAUCUUAGGUUUUUAGAUGAUUAUUUAUGUCUCCGCUGUGGACAGUGAGAGACACUUCACUGUUCAGUGAGAGAGCUGCCUGGCUUUUUGGCAUGGCCAGAUGAAAGAUGAAUAAAUGAAUCUGGUGGAAAAA